AUGUCAGAGAAAGGAAAGUUGCGAUUGGCCAACGAUCUUACGCAUCUCGAGUUAUCGGUGACACCACUGAUUCCCGAAGGUAUCAAAGAGGUCGGUAUCAGCUACCAAUGGCUACGUACAUUUAGACAUUUUAUUUUCAAGGAUUUGACUGGUGUCGCAUCGCUCAAAACCCUACCAGAGUUGAAUAGCCUGCCUUUGAUAAUUAUCUCACAUGUCCUCAUUGGUAAAGGUCCAAAGGAUAUGAUUUUCCCGAAUCAGCUCACCAAUUGGUCAUACCAGAAAUAUGUACAGUGGCUCGAUGAACACAGUGACACUGAGUCGUUGCAACUCAUCAAAAUGUCUUUGGAUUCCUAUGCCAAAACCAUCAACAAAAAAGGUGAAAAAGAAUUUUCAUAUCUCUAUCCAUUGUUAUUAGGAAUAUUACCAAAAUCAAAUUAA